AAUUGUAAAGUCUAUAUCGAUGGCAGCCCUGGGUAAAACGCAUUUUGGGUAAAACGUGAGAAUUUAUUUGAAUUUUCCAGCAAAGAACACAGCGAAUAUAAGCCAAAAAUGGCCCGUUCUGAGGUGGAGACCAAACCGAAGCCCAAGGGCAAGAAGCGCAAGCACGAGAAAGCCGCUGCUGCUUCAAACAACAGCAGCGACGACGAGGUGGCCAACAAAAGUUUGAUCGUGGAGCCAGACGAACAGGCAGCGCCAACAGCAGGCAAGCGAAAACUUAAGGAAGAUGCAGCCUUGGUCAAGCAAAAGCGCAUUAAAAAGUCAGAAGUAGACGGCGAAGAGGAGGAGAUUAGUCCCCGAAAGGCAGCCAAACGCAAGCAGCGCGAGGAGCUGGCUGCCAUCAAAGAGAAACGCAGCAAGGCAACAGAGGGUGACGAUGCUGAGGAAAACGAGGAGAGCCUGCCCACAGAUGCACAACUGCAAGAGGCCUCGAAGCCGGAGAAUACCAAAGCCAUUGUCACCGUGCGCCAGAAGAAGAAACAGAAGCAUCAGCAGCGUCUCGAGGCCCAAAAGGAUCAGAGCUCCAACAAGGAGGCCAAACGCAAUGAGGAGUACCUGCUGCAGUGGAAGAACUCCCGGGCGGAGUGGAAAUUCGUGAAGCUACGCCAGAUAUCCAUACAGCAGACGGCCUUCGACGAGGAGAAGCUGUCCGGUGAGCUUUGGGACAUAGCCCUGGAGUAUUUGGCCAGCAGCCAGGGUGCAGCGCGUGCCAAGAUCAGCAAACUGGCCGAAGAGAUCAUCGAAAAGCUGGACAAAGAGGGCGAAAAGCUGGAGGACGAAACGGAACGCCAGAAACUGAUCGAAUCCACACGCUAUCAGCGUGCCCGUGAUCUACUGCAGAGCUUCGAUUGACGCGCGCUACCAAUACCAACUAUUGUUAAUGUUUUUCUAUAGAGUUUAAUAAUAAUAAUAAAAAAAAAGUCUCUUUCUACAAGUC